CGAAAGUGUGUGGAGUGGAAACGAGAGUUUGCUAGUUUAUUCCCUGAGUUUGGAUGUGACUGUCAUGAUCUGACGACGGAGUUGCGACACCUAGGCCUGUUUGUUUUCCAUACUUGACGUGAUGGAGAACCCUACCGUGACAAAUGUCAUGGAAUCAUCAUCAUAUUCUCAGGUCAUCUUCGAUGACAUCCAUCCGUCAUACCCACCAAAUACUCAAAUAGUGUGUCACUACAUUGUGACUGCCGGUCUCCAACCUAAUCCAAGAGAUUGGGUGGGAAUUUUCAAGGUAGGAUGGAGCUCCAUGAAGGACUACCACACCUUUGUGUGGGUGGAGCCAUCCCUGGAUGUGGUAGGACAGGAUUCCGUCAGAAAACAAGUGCUAUUUUGUGAAUACUACCUGCCAAAGGAUGAGACAGAGUUCUAUCAGUUCUGCUAUGUUGAUAGCAACGGCAUAGUAAAGGGCGUGAGCACCCCCUUCAGCUUCAAAACAACAGAGCACAUACAUGAGGACUGCAGCCUGGAGGACGACCUCUUGGUGAUCACAACACAGAUCAAGGUGGAUGAGAGUGAACGGGAGAAAGAAGAAUUACUCAAGGAGUUGGAACAAGAGAGAAAACAAAAUGAGAUCCUUAAAGUUGAACUUGAAAAGAAACAGCAAGAAAUUGAACACUUGAAGGUGUCCACCAAGGAUUUGGCCCAGCAGGUAUUCGAACAAGAGCAGCAACUUCAGAAAAAGGAUGCCACAGAGAAGGAAGAAAUGACUCAAAGCACGACUUCUUUGAACGAGUCACAAAAACGACAGAAGGUCAGUCAGCUGAAGCAGGAGAGAGAUGAUCUGAGAAAAGAGGUUGAAGCAAAGAGUGCGGAAAUUGCCCAGCUCAAUCGAAAGGUCAAGGAAUCAGAGCAGGAAUAUCUCAGAACCAAGGACCAUAUUCAGCUCCAGCAGGUAGACUUGCAGAGCAGUGAGAGAGAGAAGGAGAGGCUCCAUGCAGAACUGGACAAACUGCAUGGCCUCACAGAUAACCUUGAAGAGUUGAAGAAGGAGAACCAAAAGAUACGAAGGAGUCUAUCAGAGAGGGAAUCUGUGGUGGAGAUGGUGGAUGGAGAUUUGAAUGUCAAAUAUCAGACCCUCCAACGCCAGAAUCAGGAGACUCACACAAAGCUGCUCCAGCAGAUACGGGCUGUCGACAAUGCACAGAGACGGGCCGAGGAUUUAGAAAGGGAGCUUCAGGACACCCUACAGGAUCUGGAGUGCAGAUCCAGGGCAAUGACUCAAGAGAAACAGAAAAGCAGCAAAUUGGAGAUGCAGCUUUCUGAGCUGUACAUCAGUCUUGAAGACAAGGCAAACAUGGCAGAGAUUACAAAAAAGGAGAACGAGGAGUUGACGGGCAAAAAUCUGAAACUGAAAAGAGACAUUGAGAAGCUUCAAAGAGAGUUUGCUGGACUCCAGGCCACUCCUUCUGCUGUCCCUGUGUCCCUGCAACAUUCAAACCCCUACAGCUCCUCACCUGACCUCACCAACACAGCGGAGCAAGACAGGGAGCACUCACUCCAUUAUGGGAACCCCUAUGAGACCAUGAUAGGAAGUGCCACAGACCCAGAAGUGGAACUGUCCUUGGAGUGUCGUCACUGUCAGGAGAGGUUCCCAGGGAUUACCCAGGAUGAGCUGGAUCAACACGAGCAAAGCCACAUGGUGUGCCCCUUCUGCACCCUCAUCUGUGAUUCCAUGGAGCAGGCUGUGUUUGAAGAUCACGUUUACAACCACGAGGUGUAGAGAAUGCAGCCCGCUAACCCAAUGCGAAACAAGAGAAAUGCAUUAUGCUGUACUUAAAGAUUGGAAUUCCUCGAGAUAAUAUCAUUUUUGUAGAUUAUUCUAUAAUGUAGCUAAAUGUCCCACUUAAAUUUUAAUCAAGAUAUUACUUAAUGCACUGAACUUGAAAGGGUAUACUAUAAGGAAAUGAAAUAGAUGUUGGUAGUUUCAGUUAUGCUUAUGUUUUAAUUUAUAUAAAACCAUUCAGUAGAAAUCUGUAAUAAUGGUAUAAUGGCAUCUACAAUGAAGGGAAAAAAUGGUAAGGUGUAACACAGCAUCAUUAAUAUAAUUAUAUUUAUCUUUACUUUGAUAUAUAUUAUGUUCACAUAAUCCAUCUUUCAAAGUGACUAAUGGUGAAAGGGUGUGAAAGUAUAAUGGUUGGUUCAUCAAAAUCCAUUUAAUGGCUCUUAAACAUAAAUCAAUGCAACAAAUAUAGUUAUCUUACAAAUUGG